AUGAUAAGGUUUCAUAUCAAACUAGAGUCAGAUAAACCAGCACUUCAGAAUGAGUCAUCAUUGUUCGAAGUGAAUUCGAAAACUACAAUUAAAAAUUUCAAGCAAUUAAUAAUAUUGAGGUUAGAUCAAGGUCAAGUAACAAGAACAUUCUUUGAUCAAGUAAAACUAUUUUUUGGAGAUGAUGAAAUACGGAAUGAUUUUUUAACUAAUUCAAAUACAAUUUUAAAUGCUUUAGGUCUUUCCGAAGAAUCAAUUACUCCGCUUGUAACAGUUUUAAAUAUGAGAUUGGAAGUUUCAAAUAACGUGAAUGGCUCAAAUGGGAUACUAAGUAGAGAUUUUAUAAAAGAUUUGAUUGCUGAUAAUAGAUUUGAGUUUUUACCAAAGUCAAAUUUUGAGAGUGAAAUUAUGGAGGAAGAUGAUAACAGAAAUAAUAAUCCCAUUGAAAAUUUGAAGAUAAUUGAUAACCAAAAGGAGGAAUGGUACUUGAGCGGAGAUUCAUAUGAGAAAAUUAUCAAAUCCAAUAAUAAGGAAACAAAAUUGAUCAAGCAAUUAGAAAUAUCUGAUCUAAUCUAUGAAAUGUAUGAUGAAACAAAAUCUGUGUCAUUAAGCACCUCACAAUGUAUAAUAGUCGAUAAUUCGAAACAUCAACCUUACAUGAUAUUAAACCCAUCAGGAAUAGCGAAACUAAAUUCAGUUUUUAAACUGCAAAAAGUCCAAAUUAUGAUGUCUAAUGAUUUGCUGGAAAGUCCUUCAACAACUGAAAACCAAGAGCACCAACCAGCAGAACCUAGAGAACCAAAUAAUGACGAUAUGCUUGAUAGACUUGUUGCUACAGGUCGAAGUUUAUUUUUAAUACUGAUCAAAGUAGGUUUUGCUUUGUAUAUGCUAGGACUUAAACCUAACAAACAUUUAAGAGAAAACUGGAUAAAAUAUUUAAUUUUAUUCAUAGUGUUGUUUAACAUGUAUGUCAUGUAUUGUACAGGUGAUAAUAGAAUACAAAAUUUAUUGAAUCCUGAAACAAAUUUAAACCAAUUUCAACCAACUACUAGAUCUAUAAUUGUAACUUUUCGCAGACUAUAUGGUAUAACAUCGAAUCUAAAAUUGAUAAGUCGAGAUUUUCAAAAUGAAUUGGCAUCGUUGCUUACGAGACGAAUAUACGAUUUUGAGUUUAUUCUAAGUUCAGAGCCAAAUUGGUGGUUGGUUAUAAAUUCAAAUAUGGAAAAUAUUUGGAAAGAUACACUAAUAUAUAUACUAACAUUUUUCCCUUCUUUUCAAUUAAAAAUAUAUGAUGAACUUCACAAACAUAAGUCUAGGGAAUUUGAAGAAUUAGAGAAAAGAGUCUCACAUUUUUAUGAUUUAAUGAUUACUGUUAGUCAGGAGUAUAAUAAAGAUCAUGAUCCGCUGUUUAAUAUUCCUUCUGAGUUAAGUUUUGAUAAGGUUAAGUUGAAAAUUGAUAAUGUGUAUGAAACUCAAUUUCCUGAACUAUCCACUUCUGAAAGAACUGAAAUUAAGUACGAAUUUUGGAUUGCUUAUUACAAUUGUAUGAAAAAAUCAUUUGAUGUUUUGAAUAAAGUAUUUGUCAACAAGAAUUUUCUAAAAGACGAACAAGUUGAAGUUGUUGAUAAUAAUUUUAAUAGAUUUAUAAAUAAUCGAAUGCAAUGA